AUGUUCUACUUCCAUUGUCCCCCGCCGCUGGAAGGUGCCACGGCCUUCGGCGGGCCCUCCACGGCGGACUUCGAGGACGGCUUCCUCCGGCGGAAGCAGCGUCGGAACCGGACCACCUUCACGCUCCAGCAGCUGGAGGCGCUGGAGGCGGUCUUCGCCCAGACCCACUACCCGGACGUCUUCACGCGCGAGGAGCUGGCCAUGAAGAUCAACCUGACCGAGGCCCGCGUGCAGGUCUGGUUCCAGAACAGAAGAGCUAAAUGGAGGAAAACGGAGAGAGGCUCUUCUGACCAAGAAGGCUCUAAGGAGGCCGGGACAGAAGUGACACCCCCCGGAAGAAAUUUGAGCUCCCCCUCCCCCGUGGAUCAACCUAGGAAUAAGAAGGAGAACCUGGAGGUUCAGCAGAGCCUCAGCAGAGCCGUUGGUCCUUCUGGAUCCUUCUUCCCUUCCUGUCUACCAGGGACCCUCCUCAAUACAGCGACCUAUGCCCAAGCCUUGUCCCAAGUAGCGUCCCUCAAAGGUAGCCCUCUGUGCUCCUGCUGCGUCCCUGACCACAUGGGCCUCUCCUUCCUCCCCACGUACGGCUGUCAGAGCAACCGCACGGCUAGUGUGGCAGCCCUGCGCAUGAAGGCACGGGAGCACUCAGAAGCCCUCCUACAGUCAGCCAACCUUCUGGCCUCCGGCAGCCCUAGCCCGGCCCCUGGGGCGAAGUCGGCCUCCGAGAAUGCCUUGGACAACAAGCCCCCCGUGACCAUGGAGCACAAGGAGAGCGAGGAGAGCGUUUGA